GUUCGUAUGAAUGCAAAAUGGCAGCUUGCGUGUGUGCUGUGGCAGAAAGUCUGCCUGUAGCUGCUUUAUUAUUGUAGAAAAGCUGAGAUUUAUCAGAUCACCAUGGCAGAUGCAGCUGUUGAUACUACCACCCCAACUGAUUCAUUAAUCCCCGAACCUGAACUGGUGGUGGAGCAGAACCAGGAGGAUCAGCCUGCGUCAGAAGGCAAGGGAGGAGAAGACGGAUGUUGCAGCUCCCAGCCCGAUUCAUCUGUCCCUAUGAAAAGCUCUGCCGCUGAACCUGAACCAGUGGAGGUGCAGAACCAGGAGGAUCAGCCUCCUGCUGCAGAGGGCAAGCGAGAAGAUGAUGGCAGCAGCUCCGGUGUCUACCGCUACAUCAAAGGGGAUCUCUUCACUUCAGAGAUCUUCAAGGUGGAGAUUCAGAAUCUGCCCAAGUACAUCGGCUUCAACGACCUGAAGAAGUUCCUGAAUAAGCAGGGCCUCAACCCGCACAAGAUCAAGCUGAUCGGGAGGCAGACCUUCGCCUUUGUCACGUUCAAGAAUAAGGAGGAGAGGGACAAAGCCAUGAAGCUGGUGCACGGCAUGCAGUGGAAAGGGAAAGUUCUGAGUGUGCGUCUGGCCAAGCCCAAAGCUGACCCCAUCGUUAGGAAGCGCAGGCAGGAUGAGGGAGCAGUGGACAGCGGGCAGCCUGACUGUAAGCGUCCUGCUGAUGGGCAGGAUGUGGAGGACGAUGAGCCACUGUGCAUCCAGAUCGCCAACGCUGUGACCCCUCUGUGGAAGGUGCCCUACGAAGAGCAGCUGAGGAGGAAGGAGCAGGAGGUGGAGGCUGUCCUGCAGACACUGGCCAGGGAAAUUGGUAACAACAAUAAAGCGAUGCUCCCUUGGCUGUUUGUCCAGAAGGAGAAGAACAGAAACAUGUGCUGCCCCCUAGAGGCCAUUAGACCAUCACCUCUGCAGACGGAGUAUCGCAACAAGUGUGAGUUUGUGAUCGGCACGGGGGCGGAUGGAGAGGAUAAGACGGUGGGCUUUCGCCUGGGCAAGUACAAAGGCGGCUCCUGUGCGGUGGUGAGCCCCUCGGACACAAUCCACAUCCCUAAAGAUGCCAAAAGGGUCGUCCAGGCCUUCCAGCAGUAUAUCAGGACUACUCCUUAUGCAGUGUACAGUCCAGAGACGUAUGAGGGUCACUGGAGGCAGCUGACAGUGCGGACAAGCAGGACCGACCAGAUCAUGGCUAUGGUCUUCUUCAAUCCGCAGAAACUGCCAGAAGAGGAGAUCAAGUCUCUGAAGGACUCGUUGCGACAGUAUUUCACAGAUGGAGAAGGGAAAGCAAGCGGAAUCACGUCUUUGCACUUUGUGAGAAUCGGACAAAGGACGUCUGCAGGUACAGAGGAUUUGCCGUGUGAGCUCGUGGCCGGCGAUGAGUGGAUCCAUGAGGAACUGCUUGGCCUGAAAUUCCGCAUUUCCCCUCACUCGUUCUUCCAGACGAACACCCUUGCUGCAGAGGUGUUGUACUCGGCUGUGGGCGAAUGGGCACAGCUGGACCAUGAGAGCACCGUGCUGGAUGUCUGCUGUGGAACAGGAACCAUUGGCAUCUCUCUGGCCAAGAGAGUGAAGAAGGUGAUUGGAAUCGAACUUUGUCAGGAAGCAGUGGAAGACGCAAAGGUGAACGCUGAAGCUAACGGCUUGACCAACAUAGAGUUCCACUGUGGCAAAGCAGAGGACAUUUUCCCCACCGUACUCAACGCUAUAGUCUCUCCUAACGUUACUGCUGUCGUGGAUCCUCCGAGAGCAGGACUACAUUCCAAAGUCAUUCUGGCGAUCAGACGAGCGGAGCAUCUGAAGAGGCUGGUGUACGUAGCAUGCAACGCUAAAGCAGCCAUGAACAACUUUGUUGAUCUCUGCCGAGCUCCCUCCAACCGUGUCCGAGGGAAUCCUUUCCGUCCAGUCAGGGCGAUGGCGGUGGACCUCUUCCCCCAGACCAUGCACUGUGAAACGAUCCUGCUGUUCGAGAGGGUGGACUACAGCGCCAACGCGAACAGCACCGAGCCACAAACCGCUGAGAACUGAGGCCUGGGAGGCACCAGUGUGCUGCAGUCCUGAGGGACUAGUAAGCUGGAUAAUUUAAGAGGGAACUGCUCCAGGGUUUUGGCAUCUGAACCAUCUAAUCGAUUACCCAUGCACUGUUAUUCCCCUGUACUCAGAAAAGAGCUGGAGACCCAGUUACUCAAAUCAUGCUUAGAAAAGGCCUCAGAAAUUGUGCUGUUACUCUGUAAUGGGCGUCAUGUAACAACCAACCUUAGGGACUCUGGGACCAAGCUGGUUUCCUCUAUGAUGAAAAUCGGUCGUGUUUUUAAGGAAAAAUUGUGGAUAUCAUGACUUGCGGUAAAGAAAAAAUGCCCCAAAGCCGAUA